AUGUCAGACUCAGAAAACGAACAUAGUGUAGAUAAUCAGAAUAAGGAUAAGAAAGAUGAUAAAUAUAAUGACUCUAGUAUUUUAACGUAUUGCAAUGGUGAAUUAUUGGAUUCAGAGAAUAAUAAUGUGGUUGAUGACAAUUAUGACAGUUUUUAUGAUGAUUUUAUAGGUAACAAUACUUCCAAGAAUACAACAAAGGUUAACAAAAAAGAAUUAAGGAAAGACGUUGAUUUGAUUUCUUCACAAUUGAGUCAAUGGAACUACAAAAAUAAUAGAAAAGCAUUAGAGAAGGCUAUCGUGAUUACUGAUACAUUGCUAACAAGUCUGAGGACAGAAAAUAUAGCGAGACCAAUACAUCUACCCAUCAAUCCAGAUAACGAUGAUGAUGCUACUUUAACUAUUUUGAAAUUACAAUUGAAAAUAGAAGGUAAUUACAAUCAAAAUAAUGACAAUAACUUGAAUCUUGAUAAAGAGGCUACUUCAAAGCUUUUUUUGUUACAAAUUGAUUCAUCAAUUAAUCAUUUGAUUUCGUUAAAGAUAAGGAUCAAUGAUGUCAAUUCAAAGGUUUUCAUUACAGGGGAUGUAAAUACAGGUAAAACAAAUUUUUGUAACAAGUUGCUUAAAAGAAGCAAUUUAUUACCUGAAGAUCAAUUGCCAUGUACAUUCGUUUUCUGUGAAAUCUUUGAUUCAUCGCUAAAUAAUUAUUCAGAAGAAGUUCACGCAAUCACUACGGAAUUAGCAAGUAAUGUAAAAGAAGCUAAUGCUCAAUAUAAUAUAGCAGAUUUAUCAACUUAUGAAAUCGUUAACAUCGGGGACUUACCAAAAGUAGUAACAGAAAAUGAAAAAUAUGCAUUACUCAAAAUAUACAUCAAGGAUAAAACUAAUAAAGAAAAUACAGAAAAGAGUUUGUUGAAGAAUGGAAUUGUAAAUAUAUCAUUAAUUGAUUCUCCAGGGUUGAACAUAGACUCCAUACAGACAGCUGAAGUUUUAGCUCGUCAAGAAGAAAUUGACUUGGUUGUAUUUGUAGUCAAUGCAGAAAAUCAAUUGACACUUUCAGCAAGGGAAUUUAUACAAUUAGCAUCAAAGGAAAAAAAAUUAAUGUUUUUUGUUAUUAAAAAAUUUGAUAGGAUUAGAAAUAAGGAACGUUGUAAACAACUAAUUCUUAAACAAAUAGAAGAGCUUUCACCAGAAACUUAUAAACAAGCAAACGAAUUCGUACAUUUUAUUGAAGGAUCUGACGAGGAUAGUAAUAACCUAACAGAGAAUGAUAAUGAAGAUACUAAUGAUGAUGACAAUAAUGAUUCUGAUCAAGAUAAUGAUGAUCCAAAUUUUCAACAUUUGGAAAAUGCAUUAAGAAAUUUUGUUUUGAAGAAAAGAUCACUAUCAAAAUUAUUACCAGCAAAAACGUACUUGAUAAAACUUUUGACAGACAUCAAGCAAAUAUCUAUCUACAACAACAAGGUCAAUACUGAAGAGGAUAAAAAAAUAGAAAAAGAAUUAAACGAUUUACAGCCACAUUUGAAAGAAACUUCCAAUAGGUAUUCUAUUUUAACAACCAAAAUCGAUAAAAUAGUAGAUUCCACAGUUGGUGAAGUUGUUGAAAAGACUAAACAAUCAAUUAGGGAUUCUUUAAAUAUACCAAUUGAAUCAUUUCCAAUAUAUAAAGGGCUAUCAAGAAUACACGACUACAUCUUUUACACAGAUAAGCACAUCGCCACUAGUAUUAGAAAUAGUAUUAUUGAAAGUGAAUCCUUUGCGAAGUUCAAAACUCAGAAUGCAGUAGAUACCAUUAAUGAAUUAGGUGUCAAUGAAUUAGGCGAAACAUUUGUCGUAGAUAGGGUAUUCCAAAGCGAUUUGAUGUUCAAGAAAAAACAUCACGAUAGUUUAAAAAAAAUAUCAGUGCCUUUAUCACUGAGUUAUUUGAUUGAUCCAUCUUGGAAUGGAUUCCUUUUCUAUUUAGCUUGUGGAUGGAGAAAUAAGGGUAGCAGGAUACUCGAUGAAGAAUCGCAGACUUCGACGACCAACAAUGCUAACUCACUAGUUUCAUUCUUUGGAUUGAAUUCUUAUACAUUGGGCCAAUACUGGCUACAACCAUCUUUAUUAUUGACUUCUGGUCUUCCAGCUCUAGCAGUGUAUUCUGUUGGUAGUGUUAAAGUUAUUGGAAGUGUUGUAUUAAAUGGGUUACAAUUUUUUUCAUGGAACAGCUUUAAAAGCAUGAUCAUUCCGUUUACUGCAAGUUGUUUGUUUUUGGGGACAACAUAUCUAAUUCAUGAUUUGCAUCGAGCAUUACCUAAAAAUCUGUUAGUUAAAUAUAGGGAGCAAAUACAAAAUCAUGAUUAUGUUAGUUUAAACGCCGAAAGAAUUUCAAAAGAAAUCCAACAAGUUCUCAAAUUCCCUGUUAGAGAAAUCGUUAAGUCGUGCGAGUUACUAAUUAACAAACAAAUAGAAGUGAAGAGCAAGUUAACUUCACGACUUAAUGACACUAGAACAUCCAUAAAAUUCUUUAACCAUCUUCUAGAAGAAACAACUGCUCAAAUAUCCAGCGUGAAUUCACUUAGCCUCGAUAUUGACUGA